UGACGCUCAGCCGCGAUCGCUGCUGCUAGAAAGACGGGCUGGAGAGUAAACAAGCCCCAGCUGAUCUGUCUCGCCGUCUCCAUCUUUGAAGGGCCGUCGCAGAGCGAGGACCAAGAUGGGGGCAGUUCUGGGCUUGUGCUCCUUGUCCAGCUGGAUACCAUGUUUGUGUGGUAGUGCCCCCUGCCUCCUGUGUCGAUGUUGUCCCAGUGGAAAUAACUCCACUAUAUCAAGGUUGAUAUAUGCAUUCUUCUUGCUUCUUGGAGUGAGCGUUGCAUGUGUGAUGUUAAUACCAGGAAUGGAAGAACAACUGAAGAAGAUUCCUAGGUUCUGUGAUGGCCAGGUGAAUUGUGAUGUUCUAGUAGGAUAUAAAGCAGUGUAUCGUGUAUGCUUUGGUAUGGCCAUGUUCUUCCUCUUGUUUUCCCUAUUGAUGAUCAAGGUAAAGAGUAGCAGUGAUCCAAGGGCAGCAGUCCACAAUGGAUUCUGGUUUUUCAAGUUUAUCACAGCAGUUGCAAUUACAGUGGGAGCAUUUUUUAUUCCAGAAGGACCUUUUACAACUGUCUGGUUCUAUGUAGGCAUGGCUGGAGCCUUCUGCUUCAUUCUUAUUCAGCUGGUUUUACUUAUUGAUUUUGCCCACUCUUGGAAUGAAUCGUGGGUUGAGAAAAUGGAGGAAGGAAACUCAAGAUGCUGGUAUGCAGCAUUACUAUCUGCCACAGCCCUAAAUUAUCUCCUGUCUCUGGUGGCAGUUGUCUUAUUUUAUAUCUACUAUACUCAUCCAGACGGUUGUUCUGAAAAUAAGGCCUUUAUCAGUGUCAACAUGAUGCUGUGUAUUGGAGCUUCUGUAAUGUCAAUUUUACCCAAAAUACAGGAAUCACAACCAAGAUCUGGCUUGUUGCAGUCAUCUGUGAUCACAGUUUAUACAAUGUACCUUACUUGGGCAGCAAUGACCAAUGAGCCAGACAGACGGUGCAAUCCAAGUUUGCUGAGCAUAAUUGGAUAUAAUGCCACAAACCCUCCAAGCAAGGGUCAGCUAGUACAUUGGUGGGAUGCCCAAGGAAUUGUGGGGCUCAUCCUGUUCCUACUGUGUGUUCUGUAUUCAAGUAUCCGAACAUCUAAUAACAGUCAAGUAAACAAACUUACUCUGACUAGUGAUGAGACAACGCUGAUAGAAGAUGGACUUCCUCGGAGUGAAGUCUCCCUUGAGGAUGGAGAUGAUUUAAGCCGUGCUGUUGAUAAUGAGAAAGACGGAGUUACUUACAGCUAUUCUUUCUUUCACUUCAUGCUUUUUCUUGCUUCGCUUUAUAUCAUGAUGACAUUAACCAAUUGGUACAGUCCUGACCCUGCCUCUGCACAAAUGACCAGUAAAUGGCCUUCUGUCUGGGUGAAGAUUUCUUCUAGCUGGAUUGGUAUCAUUCUGUAUGUGUGGACUCUGGUGGCUCCACUUGUUUUAACAAAUCGUGAAUUUGACUAAGCAUCUUUUUUUUUUUAAAGUUUUUAUUGUUUAGUUGCUUAUUUGAUGCUAAUGCUACUCUGUACUAAGAAAUCAUUGUAAAUAUGUGUUUGUGUACUUAAUACUAGCAUAGAUUAUCCUGUCUUUAUUAUGCAUGGCUAAUUUUAAAUCAGGUUAUCAUUACAAUGACUGUUUUCCUACUUGAGCUUGAUUGUGAUUGCUGCUAGAUUCAGGGCCAAACUAGAAAUGUCGACAGUAGAUCCACAGGCUUUAUUCCACAAAAUGCAAAAUAGGAAAAUUGCUGCUGCAUUCCUCCAGCAGUUGCAUAUUCUGUUAGCAGUAAUUAAGGUGUUUGUGAAAAAACUUGCACUUAUCUGGAGUAAUUAAGGUGUAAUGAGCUGCCAAAGUGCUAUAGCAGGGGUGUCAAAACUGGCGGCCCAGGGGCCAGAUGCAUCAUGCACAGGCCACACCCAUGCGGGAUUCGCAAAGACAAAAAAAAUCACAAUACACGAUCGAGUUUGACACCCGUGUGCUAUAUCAAGCACAUACAAAAUCAAAGUAUUUGACUUGUUACUUGCAAGAGGUAAAAUUUCAGCAAGUAGCAGCUGUAGUGUUUUAAUUUAAAAAAAAUCUCAUUGAAAAGUGAGGUACCUGGCCUUUAAAAGCAAAAUGGAUUGUGGGAUUCACUUGCUUGCCAUUUAUUUCUCCCUGGGCAUCUUCUAGAGCAGUUAUGAUAUUUGAAUAUGUCUAAGAGGCAGAAUGCAGGGGGAGGAUCUAAGAGAUUCUAAACUUGUAGCAGAAGCAUUUAAUUUCCUCAUUCUUGUGUUUUGUUUUUUAAAAUGGGAAUGCAGACUGAUUCCACAUGAGAUUUAUCAUUUUUAAACAUGGUGAAGGGUUAAUAGUUUGGCAAUUUUGUGAUCUAUAUGAGGACUCUGCUAAGGGAGAAAAUUAGGAGUAGGAAAGAAAUCUUCCUCUUUAGAGGGACCAGAACAAUUUAGAUUACCUACAAUAUUACUAGGGUAUUCAGAGCAGUCUUUGCCCUCUUGAUUGAGUGAACAAGGGAGGAUUGGAAAUUAGUAAUCAGUUUACAUUUGUUAUCUUAAAAUAGUUGAGGUAGCCAGUUUAAAGGCAUUAAUUUGUUGGUUGAUCCUUGCCUUUCCUUUGGAAAUAUGUUAUGUAGACUUCAGUUUUACAGGGAAAAGAACAAAGCAAGGAUAGCGAAUACAGAUUGAUUGCACUUAUAAUUGAGAAGCUGUUUUCAUGGAAGUUUCUCCUUUUAAACCUUCUGCACUAAUAGCCAUUCUAUUUAGGAUUUGAUACAGUUGUCACACAGCCAUCUAAGAAACUAUUAUUUUUUUUUGCUUCUUGCUAAAAGAGUAUGUUUCUCUACAAAGUUUAACUUACAGAGCUUAUUUUAAAAGAAUCUGAAAAAUUCAGUUUUACUUAAAGUGGAUGGAAAAACUUGAAUUUUCUAGCCAUGAAAAGUUGUUGCAUUUUUGUACACAUUGUCUUUGAAGUGGAGUGCUGUGUCAAUCGUAUUAGUAAUGCAUGUCAUUAAAGUUAUUUUUGGAUCUGCUGAGUUUAAAAACAUACUUUGAAGUAUUUAAAAGUAUUAUUAGGCUGCUGGAAAGCAAUUUAAACUGAGUUCUAAGGCUCUCAAGUCUUUCAGUGCUAGUAACAUAAUAUAGGGAAUGCUGAUAAAAUAUUAAAAAUAGGACAAAACAGGUAGGAACACUAAGCUUAGUUAUCAUUAGAUUGCAAGUAAGAAAAAAAUGAGACUCCUUUUAAUAGCAGUUCGCUGAAUGUAUUGGCAAAUAUCAACAUCCUUAAAAAGCAUUUGCAUUUGCAUUGAGAUUUACAGUGAUGCCAUUUGUUUUUUUUUGCAUAGAGCAUUGAAGAACUUUUAAGAACUUUUAUGUCAUCUCUUGCUACUAGUCCCAUUGGGGUGCAGUGCAGGCAGUCUUUACAAGUGCAAAAUCUUAGGACUAUAUACUUAGAAGCUAUUGGUCCUGCUUUGCGAAGUGCUUUGAAAUACUCGGCUUUUGGUUUUUGUUUGUUUGAAGUGUAAAUACAUUACCCAUUGCUCCAAUAUCAGAUUUCUCCAGUUCAGUUUCAACUGCAGAUAUCUUCUCGAAAUUCCUGAGCAUUUGUAAUUGUUUAAAUUUAUUCAAUUCAUUGUAAUACACAGGCUGAUGAAGUUGAACUUAAAUGCAAUUACUGCUUAGUCAUUUUGAGUGUAUAUGCUGUAGCUAUAAAUAAACAUUCAUACUGGCUGUUUUAA